AAAAUGAAGAUCUUUGCAAUUUUAUUCAUAUUUUUGGGAUGCAUUCAGAAAAGUUAUGAGCAACCAUGGGUUAAGUUUUACUUAGUACUAUAUUGGCCUCCAGGCCAUUGUUACACUUCCCAGAAUUGCUUGUACCAUCGUGUUAUAGAGAACUUUACCAUUCACGGGCUUUGGCCUAUUAAUAUGAUCGAUCAAAGUCCAUCAAUACCACCGAAUGGUACCAAAUACAAUCAUAGUCUGAUGCAUGAUCACUUGAAAAUUGAAUUGUUUACAAUGUGGCGAAAUUAUGAGGCAAAUAAGUUUGUUGAAGCUUGUUGGGCAGAUGAAUGGAACAAUCAUGGCAUCAUCUCAGAAAGUCUAUUAAAUCAGAUUAAAUAUUUCAAGACUGUCAAAGAAAUGUACUCGAGUUUACACAUACAUGACAUACUUACACAGUCCAAUAUCUUUCCUAGUCCUCGUCUACAAAAUUCCAUCCCAUUUUUUAUGGCGCUCGUGAAAAGAUUAAAAGUUAAACCCUUGCUUAAAUGCAAAGAAUCCUAUUUGACAGAAGUAAGGUUUUGUUAUGAUCAAGCAGCUGAAACUUUAGUAGAUUGUAAUCAGAUUGAUUAUAAUUGUCCAGAAUAUUUUAUUUUUAAAAAUGCUUAGCUUAAUUGU